GGGGCAGGGCUGACCAAAGGCGACAGCAGCCCUGUUUCCCAGGACAGAAAGCUUGUGAGGUUUGGCUUUCAGGUGCUGUGUGUGGCACAGCCUGGGCACUCCGUGGGCAGCAAGUGGUCUUUGUCCUGGUAUUUGAGCAAACCACAUCAGGUCAUCUGCUCUUAAGGACCUUGUGAGGUAACCAGGGGAGGAGUUGAGGUUCUUCCUCGGAGAUUUUUACUUCAUGGAGGAGCUCCUUUCAGUUCAGCGCAGGUGAACAGAGCUGCACUGCAAGCUCUAAUCAUCUCAUCUUUGAAUGGAGCUGAGGGCGUUUGUGGGGGAUUUAAACUGCAGGGAGAAACUGCUCUCAGCUCAGCCCAGCUCAGCCCAGGUGCCUUGAGAGACAUAAUCAGCUCCCCAGGGGGUGGAGUCCAGGUGGUUUCUGGGUGAUAUAAAUUGGAGCGGGAGAAGAGGAGUGUGCCAUAUUAGUAAGGUAGGGCACUUUGAGCAGCGGGUUGUCCAGGCAGAGAGAGCAGAAAGAGAAGAACCACCCUCCCUCCGAACUCUCUUUGGUGGCCUAUGAGAGAACCUACAACAUCUCCCAAGGCCUGGAGAAAUGUAGAUACAAGUUCAACUGAGGAAGUCAGAGGCCUACCUGAUGUAGUUGUUCCUGAGGAAAAAAGCAGCGAGACCUUGAGAUGUGUGGCAGAACGACGGCAAAAGCGUCACGGUCAAGCAGUGACCAAAAUGCAGCAGGAGCUGGACUACAUUGGCAAAGAGAUGGAAGCCUCUGUUUCGGAGCUUCAAAAAUUCCUUCAACUAAAAGUGGUGAAAUCUGAUGAAAAAAGUGAACUUCUGUUCGAAAAGAUUGUGUCUGACACGGCUCUAGAAGGUUUCUCCUUUGAAGGUUUGGAAAAACUGUGGAAUAUGAUUCACCAGGAAUCCUUGAACAGAAAGAAGUGGAUUAGGACAAUGGAUGAAUCCCUAAAGAAGAUGGAAAGGAGUCGAGCCUCUAAAAUAACAAAUGUACUGAAAAAGUACACAGUGAAGCUGGAGGCAAUUUCCUUCUUCUUGGCAGCUGAUAUUCACAAGCUCAUCAACGACGAGGCCACGAAUAUAAACCAAGCCCUGCUGGGUAAUGAGAGGGCAACUGCCAAGCUGCUCUUUAAUCUAAUGAAAUCAGAGCUUGAGAAGGAAGAAUCACAUAAAUUGAAAUGGCAAGAGAGAGUCAAGGACUGGAAGCUCAUCCAAAAGAACCGUGUAAUUCAGAGUUUCAGAGAAUUUAUGGCAAGUGAAGAAAUACAGAAUCCUCCAGCUGUAAAAACAGAAAUGGAAAAUCUGAUAAAGGAGCAGACUGUACUCAGUGAGCGGAGACUGGGGGUUUUGCAGCACGUUGG